AUGGCAAGAAGCUAUGAAGAUCUUAGAUCCUCUGAUAUGAUUGGUGUUGAGUUUAGCAGCGUCAAGGCAGUGGACACAUUCUAUGCUUACUAUUCACUUGCCAUGGGCUUCAGUUUCCGAAAGGAAAAGUUGUGUCGAAAUGCAGCACAAGUGGUGGUGAGAAGACAUCCACCUCAUGGGACAAAACCGGUCUGCAAGAGGAAGACAGUUAACCAGAAACCAAUCGUGGAAGAUGCUGAUACAAGAAGUAUGAAACGUUCUGGGAAGCAGUUUGGUGAUGGUGAACAUGAAAAAAAAAGGCAGCGCCCUCCACAAAGAAAUAUUACCAGAGGUAAUUGUCAAGCCCGUAUCACAGCACGCCGAUGCAAGGAAAAUGGUGUCUUCCGUGUGGUCCAAUUCAUCACCGAACAUAACCACGACCUUGCUACAACAGAGUUUGUUCCCUUCCUCCGAUCCCACCGCAAGGUUCGGGACCAUGACGUUGCUCAGGUAACAGCACUUAAGAAAGUCUCUGUUGGUACUUGCCGGGCUUAUGAGUUGUUGGUCCACCAAGCCGGUGGCCAUGAAUUUGUUGGUUUCCUCAUAAAAGAUUUGUAUAACAAGAUGGACUCUGAAAGGAAGGAACUCAUGGUUGAUGGUGACGCCCAGUCCACAAUUAGUUUCAUGAAUUUGAAAGCAUCUAAAAAGGCGGAGUUUUUCUGUUUGUUCAGUGUUGAUGCCGAAGGCCGGCUGGGUAAUAUGUUUUGGAGAGAUACGAAGUCUCUAGCAGAUUACAAUAAUUUUGGGGAUGUUUUGAUUAUUGAUAGCACCUACAAGACCAACAUAUACGGCAAACCAUUAGCCGUCUUUGUUGGUGCAAAUAACCACAGGGCGACAGUACUAUUUGCGUGUGCAUUGUUGGCUGAUGAGAGUGAGGACACCUACAAUUGGGUGGUUACAGCCUUUUUGACUUCCAUGAGGGGGAAAAAACCAAUAUCGGUCCUCACUGACGGGGACGAGGCAUUGAGAAAUGCAGUUGUGAAUCUCAUUCUGGAGGCCCGACAUCGAUUGUGUGCAUGGCACAUUGCUAAGAAUGUUGUAAAAAAUGUUAGGGAUGCGGAUGUCCAAAGGGAUUUUUGCCACCUAAUUUUUGCCGGACUCGGAGUUGAUGAGUGGGAAAAGUCGUGGCAUUACAUGGUGACAAUGAAUGGGCUUCAAGACAACAAAUGGGUUGCUGCAAUGUACAACAAGAGGGAGAGGUGGGCAGAAGCUUUCUUUAGGAACCAUUUCUUCGGUGGUAUGUGUACCACUCAAAGAUGCGAGGCAAUGCAUAGAAAUUUAAAAGGUGGGGUUGGUCGUUACAUGAGGUUGUGUGAGGUGUUGCCACGCAUGGACAAGACAAUUGAACGCAUCAGGUUUAAUGGGCUUAACGAUGACUUCAAAUCAAUGAACUCGCACCCGGUUAUUGGCAGCCACAUGCGGUGUAUUCAACAGCAGGUUAGUGUAAGGUUUACCCACGACGUAUUCCUCCUCAUAAAAGAUCAAAUUCUUUUUGAGUCAAAGUUUCUCGUUGCUGACCGUGUUCGUUAUGAGAAUCAAGGAUCAACACUUCAUCUUGUAACCCAAUAUGGUAAACCUGAAAGGACAUGGCAUGUGACACAUUAUCAAGGUAAGCCCGACCUUUCUUUCGUAUGCUCAUGUCACCUCUUUGAGUCGGAUGGUAUUCCUUGCUGCCACAUCUUCACAGUCAUGAAGACAAUGAAUAUGACUACCCUUCCAGAUUCUUUGGUUAAUCAGAGGUGGACAAAACAGGCUUGUACCAAAGAUACCAGCACGCUCAGUAGUGGAAUAAUGCCCGCCAAGGAUUUGCAGCUUGCCCGUUAUGGGCAAAUGAUGGGUGAUUGUGCUCAAAUCUGUCAUUCAGCUUCAUUCUCAGAUGAGGCAUAUGAAGAAAUCACUAACUGUCUUAGUCGACUAAUGGUUAGGUCCAAAACAUUCAAGAGAUGCAAUGAUAGUCAACCACCAGAAACUGUUGAUGGUCUACACCCUAAUGUGAUUAGGGAUCCGAACGUGUGCAAAACCAAGGGCACUCAUUCCAGGCAUUCCACCAGUGUUGAGGUUGAGAGGGAUCAGCCAGGAGGGAGGGGUUGUGGAUUUUGCAGUCGGCCAGGUCAUAAUUCUACUCCGGGUUCCAAUAGAUACAAGGGUCCAGCUGGUUUCACAAACAUUGGUCAGAUUGAUGAGGAUGAUGCUUUCCUCAAUCAAACUAGCAGUCAACAUAUGUUGCAUCAUGUUGAAGAAUCUAGGACGUUUGACUUUUUUACCGGUCACGACACCUUUUUGGCUUCCUUGAGUGCUCCAUCUGUUCACCUGUAA